AUGAGUCAGAAUCCCGAUAAAUCCCUUCCGGAGAUGCACCAGGACAUUUUAUCGAACAUCGCACACACGCUCGACGAAUAUCGGUCAGAUUGCGUAAUGUGCGAACGACUGAACGGUGAAGAAUCUAUGGUGCAAUGUGACGGCUGUCAAUUAUGGUGUCACUUCUCGUGUGUCGGCGUUUCCGAAUCAAUCAAAGACAGAUCAUGGUCCUGUCCGAAAUGUCGCCGUGACGAUAUUCUCAGUAUAGCAUCCAAGUCCCAUCGUUCAAGAAAUUCCAAAAAAUCAGGAAAUUCCGACCGAGUGUAUUUACAGCUCGAGAAAUUGCAAGAGCUGCAGGCAAUUCAGGAGAAGUUUGUACAGGAAAAAUACAGGGUUUUGGAAUCCCAGCUGGAGCUGGAAGAUGAAAAUCGAAGCGUCAACAGCAGGCGUAGCCAAAUGAGUAAGCAGAACAGCCUAGAUAAGGUUGUCAAUUGGGUGAACCAAUGUGCAGAGCAGAAAGAAGACAACCCCGUUCCGCCAGCGGGGAACAACAGUUCUCAACCACUGCCGCCAGCGGUUCCCAACCAGGCUGAGCCAAAAGUUAUCACCGCUAGCAGCAUCAUUCCGCCUGUGAAACAGCAGCCCAACAGUGAGAUUCCGAGCCCGCUCAAGCACCCAUCGCUGCUAACCCAUCGAAAUAGUUGCCAGUCGGGUAACGUUCCACAAGCAGGAAUUUCGGAAACAGGUCUGAAACGUAUCGAGAAUACUAAUAGUCAUGGUAUCUUCAAUAGAAUUGCCGCCACAAUACCAGUGGCACAAUCGACUCCAACGCAUGAGCAGGUGUAUAACCAAGCCAACGUAGUACCACAACUAGCAUCGACCGACAUGCCGCCUUCAAUAUUCGUCCCGCCUCCAACGCUAGUGCACACAUCAGCCUCGCUGCCAGUGGUCUCCGAACCUACAUCAGUAUCGAUAAUGACACCUGUGUAUACACAAGCUCCCAUAGCAUCGUCUGUAUCAGCAGCAUCUGUGGUUCUACCCACAUACGUUCCACCACCGAUUGCCGGAUUGCAAUUUCGGCUACCAUCAACAUCAUGGUCUACAUCAGCACCUCCACCGGCACCAGUGAAUCGAAUGCCAUCGGUGCAACAGCUGACAUCUAUAGAAGAAGAAUUUCCGACAGGUUCAAUACCAUAUGAUGCCUAUCCGAGAGAGUUUCACCCGGCAGCCGCAUUUGUGACCAGAUCAUCAGUAGGACCAGCCUCGAGGUUUCUGCCGGCAAUCACAUCAACUCUCGCACCAUCGCGAUCGUUGCAUCCCGCACCUCCCCUUAGAGAAGUAUUACUCCCCGCGCCACCAGGUAAGCCAGAAAGUCCAACACAAGCUUAUAUGCCACCGAACAAUAACAAUGCCAACCUGCAACACUUGAUAAAGCAAUUUGGUAGUAUUGCUUUGUCACCUUCGCAAUCAACAUUACUAAAUACAAAUCUAGCCACCUAUGCCCCCUCACCUUCGCAGUUAGCUGCUAGACAAGUCAUGCCACGCGAUUUGCCCUCCUUUUCUGGCAAUCCAGCCGAUUGGCCAGUGUUCAUAAGUAGUUUCAUGAACACUACACUAGCUUGUGGGUACUCUAGUGCAGAAAAUUUAUGCCGUCUUCAGCGAAGCCUUAAAGGCGUAGCAUACGAGGCAGUUCAAAGCCGAUUACUUCUACCCGAAUCGGUGCCUCAUAUAAUGGAAACUCUCCAUCUACUUUAUGGUAGACCGGAGUUGCUAAUUGCCGCCCUACUGGAAAAAGUGCGAUCAGCUCCAUCGCCUAAAGUAGACAAAUUCCAAACUAUCAUUGACUUUGGGAUGUCCAUACAGAGCCUAUGCGAUCAUCUAGAGGUUGCUGGACAAGUCGCACACCUGUCAAACCCCUCUCUUCUCGCAGAACUUGUCGCCAAAUUACCGCCCCAUCUACAAUUGGAAUGGGGUUCUUAUCUCCAGGGAUUUUCAGAAGUGAACCUUAAAACCUUUAGCAGCUUCAUGUCCAGCGUAGUGAGAACAGUGAGUAAAGUGACAGUUUACAACAGCAGCAGUGGAAGGUCUAGUGCUUUCGUGGUCAAGUCGAAGGGAAAUGUGAAUGCCCACUGUAGUGAUAAAAAGUAUAGUGUUGAAAUGAUUUCUUCUACAAAGCGGGAGGAAGUUAAGGUGUGUCCAGUUUGUAAGAGCGCCGGUCAUCGUGUCCAGGAUUGUCGCAGCUUCAAGACUCUUUCCAUCGACGACCGAUGGAAGCGUAUCCAAUCGAUCGGUCUUUGCAGAAACUGUUUGAGCUCACAUGGCCGAAGAAGCUGUAGGAAGACCAGUAUUUGUGGAACAGAUGGCUGCGAAUACCGUCAUCAUCCGCUUUUACAUUCCUCGCGUCGCCGCUCAGAUACCGUGGUACAGCCAUUGAUGAACAUUGCGGAAACCCACACGCACCGUCUGGAUGAACAGUCACUUCUUUUCCGGAUACUGCCGGUGACUUUGCACGGGCCGAACGGAAUGGUGGAGGCUUUCGCAUUCCUCGAUGAUGGAUCAUCUCUAACGCUGAUUGAAGACAGCCUGGCGGUGGAACUUGGUAUCAACGGUGUGCAGAACCCGCUGUGCCUGCUGUGGACAGCGAAUGUAACGAGGAUAGAGAAGGAUUCGCAACAGCUGUCGUUGGUAAUUUCGACCAGCGAAAGAAAUAAGCAAUACGUUCUGGAGGAGGUUCAAACGGUGAAGGAGCUGUCGUUGCCUAUACAAACCCUUUUGUAUAAACAGAUGUCCGAGCGCUAUACGCAUCUCAAAGGCCUACCGGUUAGGAGUUACAGCGAGGCCGUUCCAAAGCUGCUUAUAGGAAUCAACAAUUUGAAUUUGAUGGUUCCCCUAAAAACACGUGAAGGCCGCAGGCACGAACCCGUUGCCGUUAAAACUAGGCUAGGCUGGUGUAUCUAUGGCGGUAGGAUUAGCAGCAGUCAGAAACCAACCGUCAACUGUCAUGCAUGUGGAUGUCCCUCAGAUCAAACUCUGCACGACCUCGUCAAGGAUUUCUUUGCCACCGAUGGUAUCGGAGCACAACCUGUGGUGCCACUUCUGUCGGAGGAAGAACGCCGAGCUCAACAAAUAUUGGAGGAUACAACUGUUCGAAUCGGUAACCAUUUUGAGACCGGUCUGCUAUGGAAGUUUGACCAUAUAGAACUCCCUGAUAGUUUUAAUAUGGCUCUUAGGCGACUUGAAUGUUUAGAAAGGCAAAUGAAUCGGAACCCAGAACUCAAGCUAACCUUGCAGCGACAACUGGACGAAUAUGAAGAAAAAGGCUACGCACACCGUGCAAGCGCAGCUGAGCUGGACGAUGCAGACAUGCGCCGCGUGUGGUAUUUGCCUCUGGGAGCAGUUGUGAACCCUCGAAAACCAAGCAAAUUUCGGAUGAUAUGGGAUGCGAGAGCUACCGUGAAUGGAAUCUCCCUGAACGCAGUACUGUUGAAAGGUCCAGAUCAACUAACUUCGCUUCCCGGUGUGCUAUUACGGUUCCGGCAAUUCAAAGUGGGUGUUUCUGCCGAUUUAAAAGAGAUGUUCCAUCAGAUCUCCAUCCGCAAAGAAGAUCGUCACUCCCAAAGAUUUCUCUGGAGAAAUGAUCCAUCUGAAACGCCCGACGUGUACAUCAUGGACGUUGCUACGUUUGGCUCAACGUGCUCACCAGCUUCUGCACAAUACAUAAAAAACAAGAAUGCAAGUGAUUUCCAGGACCUGUAUCCACGAGCGGUCGAAGGCAUUAUACGGAACCAUUAUGUGGAUGACUCUCUAGAAAGCUACGAGUCCAUAGGGGAAGCGAUACGAGUCUCCCAAGAAAUGCGGUUAGUCCACAAGAAAGGCGGCUUCGAGCUGAGGAAUUGGCUUUCGAACAGCAGAGAAGUUCUACGCAGUUUGGGUCAAGCAAAGCCGGAACAAGGUAAGAUGUUUGCAGCAGAUAAGCAAAAUGACUAUGAACGUGUACUCGGAAUAUUGUGGUCGACGACAGACGAUGCCUUCAGUUUCUCAACGGAGAUGAAAAAGGAUAUCAUUGAUUUGAUCAAUAGCAACGAACGUCCCACCAAGAGACAGCUGCUGAAGUGUUUGAUGACUCUUUUCGAUCCGUUGGGUCUGUUAAGCCACUUUAUAGUGCACGGGAAGAUCCUGCUACAAGAUGUUUGGAGGUCAGGAAUACAGUGGGAUGAAAAAGUGAACGACGAUCUCCAUCGUAGAUGGCAAAAUUGGAAAAACCUGUUUGAAGAUGUUCGCAAACUUAAAAUUCCUCGCUGUUACUUCGAUGGUGCUACCAAUAAACGAUACAAAAAUCUACAACUGCACACUUUCGUUGAUGCUAGCGAGGCCGCAUAUUGCGCAGCUGCAUAUUUUCGAACAAUAAACCCUGACGGAGUUCCGGUAUGUGUACUCGUAGCUGCGAAGACAAAAGUAGCUCCAUUGAAGACGCAGUCCAUUCCACGGUUAGAACUACAGGCCGCAGUUCUUGGAGGUCGUUUAUCGCAAUUUGUCGAAGAAAACCACACUGUACGCAUUACGAGGAAGAAUCGGAGAAUUGUUAACGAUAAGCGAUGUGAGAAACUGGCGUUGGGUGCCUUCAAAACAUAA